CAAAGAGUUGAUUUUGAAACAAAGAUUGGUUCUGAUUAAUCAUGUCAGGUGAUAUAGCUAAAGUUUCCGGCAAAGGGUCGUCGCGAUCCACUGGAAACAACCACUUCCACCACCAACACCAGCCCGAUCAGCCGGCAGCUCCUUUGAGCAGGUACGAGUCGCAGAAACGCCGAGACUGGAACACUUUUGGGCAGUAUUUGAAGAACCAGAGGCCACCGGUUGCAAUAUCUCAGUGUAACUGCAACCACGUUCUCGAUUUUCUUCGAUAUCUUGAUCAGUUCGGGAAGACAAAGGUCCAUUUACAUGGAUGUGUCUUUUUCGGACAACCUGGCCCGCGUGCUCCUUGCACUUGUCCACUAAGGCAAGCUUGGGGCAGCCUCGAUGCACUCGUCGGACGACUAAGAGCUGCUUACGAAGAACACGGCGGGUCACAGGAGAAUAACCCGUUCGGAAACGGAGCAAUUCGGGUUUUCUUGCGUGAAGUGAAGGAGUGUCAAGCUAAGGCCAGAGGGAUUCCAUAUAAGAAGAAGAAGAAGAAGAAGAUUCAAAUUAAACCCAACGUGAAGGACGAGGCUAAUUCAUCGUCAAAGCAGCACCCAGCCCUUCUUAGCUCUAACUAAGAGCUUUUUACGGUAAUUCCUUUUACUUUGAUAUGCACGCU